GACAGGAUAAACCGCAAACAAUUCUUUUACCUCAACUGCCUUGAACCCCGUCGCGAUGAUGAUGGCCCUACUCGCGCCAAGACACCCUUGGAGGUAACUUAGCUAUACAGUUACUGUAAAUCUUCGAUUAAGUCCCCACUCUAUCAGCCCUUUCCUCUAAUACCUCCCUCCCCCUCAAGAAAUUUAUAGAGAUGCCCAAGGCCGAUUUACAUUACACAACGUUUGCCUAAGACUGUCGCAUGCAACCUGCUUACAACUUGAGUUGUACUGUGUAAAUCAAGCACACAAUUACUCACCUACAACAACAUAGCCUAGGCGAGUUGUGGGCUUGAUUUACACAGUACAACUCAAGUUGUAAUUAAAAACCUCGGCUAUAAAACAGACACCUAAUGCGGGCAUUUUGUUUUCUCUCUUCAGUAUCAGGAUCGUACGACUGCAUGUGUCAUUUUCUAAACCUGUAAUUUUUUGGUGAUUGCAAUAAAUUCCUGUCUUCUUAAAGGUGGCGGUCUUACAAAACCAAUCAGAAAUCCUGUUGCAUCCGGUGUUUCAACGACUUAUUAACGUGAAAUGGAAGAAAUAUGGCAAGAUACGAGCGUGGGGCGACCUUCUGAUGAAUGUGUUUUAUGCUAUAUUCUGGACUAUUCUGUGCGUGACGCAACCCAGGCACCCACGUGACCACUAUAAUCCCCUGGGGGAGAAAUGGUGGCGUAUUGUUUUGGAAAUUAUUGUCUUCCUCUUCACGUGUUAUGAAGCACGUAAGCAGUUCCUGGAAAUUUACGGCAGUCGGAAGGAACACCAAUCGUGGAUCGCGUGGAAAACAACCGACCUGUCACGUGACAAGGAGUACUGCCACCCCCGCUGGCCAGAAGAACUGCGGUACCUCGAACAGGAAUUGAAGUCCCUACGUGGUCAGCGGGCGUUGCUGUUUAAAGAUGCGUGGAAUCACUUUGAGUGGUUCACAUGCGCCAUAUUGUUAGCGACAGUCCUUACUUACGUCAUUAACUUCUUCUAUAAUUCUGAUACAGCGUACAGGGUACACAUGAGAGUCGCUGUUGGCCUCCUCAUUGCCUUGUGGCUCCGAAUUAUGAAAUACGCUCGACCUUUCAGACAAACUGGUCCGUUUGUGAUAAUCCUGGGUCAUAUUACUGCAGAUUUCUUGAAAUGGGCCGUGUUGUUCUUUAUUAUAUACAUCCCGUACAGUGCGAGUUUCUGGAUGGUGUUUGGAGGGGUGAGCCCCACGCCAGUGAAGGGUUACGGUACUGUAUCUGAGCUACUGUUCAAUGUUUUUCGUAUGACUGUAGUGGACCAGUACAACUUUCACGGUCUUGCUGACCAAGACGCCACAAUGGCCAAGCUAUUAUGUGGAACAUACAUCGCACUUUCAGCCGUGAUCAUUCUUAAUAUCCUCAUAGCUUUGUUAUCCCACACGUUUCAGAGAGUUUAUGACAAUGCCAAAUCGAAUGCAGUUAUGCUACGAGCCAAAAUCAUUCUAAACCUGGAGAGGUCGCUAAGCCGGAAACGACGUAAGAAAGUGCAUGAUUACGUCAUCACUCAUUGUUCACCGGAAGUGUUGCCGUACGAAGACGAAUGUUGGGAAAACGAAUUGUCGUUUCAAGCGACCAAUAAAAACAUUCUUGCCGAGGUCGAGGAGAUGUUUCAUCUUGUCCACGCAAGCUUGGGGAAGCGUUGUGGCAUGAAGGCGAAAAGUGACUUUGAUUCGAUCAUGGAAAAUGUUAAAAAUGUCCGCAAAUCGCAACAAGAUCUCCAAGAAGCUUCUCUAAGGAUCAGAGUUCAUCUCAUGAAGUUGGAGAAUUUUUUCCACAUGUUAGAUUCUCCCGGUAGUAAGAGUUCUGGAUCGUCCAAGCAAUCCUCAGUAAAAAGUCGAAAGGCUGGGAGUUCGCACGAGCCACACGCUAGUCCACGCGUGGGACGUGCAAGUCCACGCGUGUCGGGGGACAGUCCUCGCGGUUCGGGUGCAAGUCAACGCGGACUACACGCGAGCCCUCGUGUGUCACGCGCGAGUCUUCGUGGGACUCACGCGAGUCCUCGUAUAUCACACGCGAGUUCCCGUGGAUCGGGCAGCGAAGGUCGUCGAUCGCCAAAACCAAAAUUGGGGCAGAGGUCUAGCUUGCCGAUGAGAAGAAAAUGCGGUGUAGCUUCGCUUCAACAUGACCCAGAAAUGUACACGUCUUUUAUGAAGAAACAGUCAAUGACUCCGUCUUUGAAAAGGUUUCCUGAACACGGACAGCCUGAGUCGUCUGACUCUAUAUUGGCUGUUCAGUCUACUGUGAAUAACGCUGAAAAAACUACCACUAAAAAGGAUAGCCCUAAAUUAACUUGGGACGGUUUUAAUAACACUGUAGCAAACUCAGAGGAAAGUCGAGACAGCUUGGCUGAAUCACGUCAGCGCACAGAAACCAUGGCAACCGAGUCGCACACUUCCGACAAUCACUCCGACUCCGACCGACUUAUGAACGACGACCACACUAGCGAGCUGACGCAUCAAAGCAGUGACGAAGCUGAGCAGUUCGAAAAUUUUGACGAAGGAGUAACAAAUUUUGGAUUGAAUGUUGACGACGAUGCAUCUCUUCAAAGUUCUCAGAGAAUGAAAGAAAAGCAGUCCUGAUUUAAAGACACACGAGACUUGCACAAGUGAAUACACCCUUUCAAUAAUUACGUCAUUUCGCCUGGGAGCCUCGCUCUCAUGAAUCGUGAGCCAAUUACAUUGCGUAAUUUACUAAUGAGAGCGAGAUUGAUUGAUUGAUUGAUUAAGCGUGACAAUGCACCAGAUGGUGUACACUGCACAACUUUAUAACUUUUGACAUUUAUAAUAGCAAGAAAAUUUACCUACAUUUCCAAAUCUAUUUAUUUUGCCACCACUGUAUAAGAAUUAACAUAUUUUCUCUGCUCACUUGCCCCUUGACCACCAUCGGCUGCCGGCAAACUUUUCUCGACCUUUUGACAAAGAUUGUAUCAGCACCAAAUGUACAUAAAUAUAACCAUACCUGCACAGCAGAAAUCUGGAACAUUGUGCAUUACAGAAACUCAUAUUGCAUAUAAAUGUUUGUAAUUUUGUUUAGAAAUUUAAAAGUUUAAAAAUGUCAAGGAACUUUGUUUUAUGUUUUUAUGGCAAGAAUAUAAAUUUGCACAAAAUACUUGGAUUGUUAAUCGUCUAUCAUUUCUCACAAUGUGCAGUUCAAGGCGUCCUCGUCGCCUUAAAACUGCUUCCAAGAAAGCAAUUUGCUGCUUUCUAAGAAAUUAAUUUCACAUUAUCAACCAAACAAAAGAUAAACACGUCUAAACUUUGCGGAAUGUUCUAAAUUGAUUCUGAUAGCAUCUUCCAACUUGCUGUUAUCUAGGUGGAUGUCUGGGAUUUAUUUUAUUGAUAUCCACGUCUGUGUCCAAAUUUUAGUGUUCACGUUCUGUGAUUCGUUGACUAAUAAAACUCAAAACUGAAGAAUGAAUUUUCUAAAGAACAAGUCACAAAACAUGUUGGGUUGCUAUUUACUCUUCGUAUAUGUCAACACUCUGACAUAUUUUUUACUGAAAACGUGUUUAAUUUAAGAAUCAUCUUUCAGACUCGAGACUUACGCUCUGGUAUGAAAUGGGACAGGGAAUUAGGAUUGACUAUAGCAACCUCCGUCACAUUAUAUUCAGUAUCAUUCACAGGCUCUCAAUGACAUUUCUGUUGACCAGCAUGGAUUUCACGUUCGGUUUCACUUCCUUCAUUUCACUUUCUUCACUUCGUUCGGUUUCACUUCCUUCGGUUUCACUUCCACAUCACCCUCACUAUCCAUCACCUCACCCUCACGAUACUGUCCAUUACCUCGAGAUCAUUGUUACUCCUGAAUGCGGCGAGUGAGAAUAGUUAUACCUUUCUAAAUUAUAUAAAAAGCUAUUUUCCCGCGCAGUGGUUAUAGAAAUAGGGCAAAAACCAGACAAAAACACAGCCCUAUAAAUAUAAUUGUCAGUUUUGAAAGGUCUGCAUGGCAAAUCAAAGGAAAAAAAUCAUUAGCAAAUCUGUGGAACAGCCUCUCAUCGCAACUUAAAAGUUGUACAUCAAUAUCUGUAUUCAGUUCCAGACUACGUAAAAUGUAUAAAGAACGACUGCUAUUUUACAGCCCUCCUGGCUGUCCUUAACUUUAUAAUAUCCUAUGGCAUGGUUUCCUAUUCAUGUAAUGUGUUUGGUAGAUGUAUAGUCAUUUAUUAGGAGUUAGGUGUCAAUUGGGACGCAAGUCCUGUUCCUCUCUCCAGUCACACCUAUGUUGUAUUUUUGCAUGUUCUAUACUAGUGUCAGUAAUCUUGUUUGUAUAUGUAAAUGAAUUGUGACAAAUCAAAUUAAAUUAAAUUAAAUUGAAAAGUGCUCCUUCAGAAAGAGGAGUGCAAAAAUGUUGAAAUCAAUUCAAAGUUUUUAUAGCAAAAAUGAGCCAGUUUCUUCUAUAUUCAAACUUAACAUUCUGGAUUAAAUUUAUUUGUAGUGAAAAUUGAGGGUGCCCUCAUAAGAUUACAUGCCUUUUUGGCUGUAUUUAAAGUGAAGUUUAGCACUGGUUACGUCAUUGUGUCCCCUCAUAUUGACACAUACUGGAUCAACGCCACUUCAUUAAAGCAAUAAUUAAAGUGGAGUAGAGAUAAAGUCGAAACCAGAUGUGCGCAAGUCAAGAAAGGACCAUUAGGCUAAGCACAGUUAGACUAUAAUCACAUCAAGUCGGCAUAUAUGGCUUGGAAUUGUUUGAUGUACUUAUGAAGUAUUUUGCGAAGAUUUACUUUUGUGUUCUAAGCUAUGGAAUGACAGAAACACUGUAUCAAUGACUGUUAAUAUGCUGGGUAAGAUUGAAAUUUGGUAUAUAUCAAGGUUUUGUAGGUAGUUAUAUAUGUAUGAUCUUUUUAGAUGCUUAUUCGGUAUUGGCUUUAAUCAGCCGCGUUGUAUCCCGUGGGUAUAACUCGCUAAUACUGCGCUCUGUUUUUCUAGGGGUGCUUUGUAGUAUGCUAAGAAGAAAGAUCCAUUAGAAAUUGGUCUUCAAGUAAAGCGCACACAGUAAGUGGCUUGUUUAUGUAUAUUAUUGCUAAGUGAAAGUAUACCGGAUGCAAUAAUAAUAUCUAAGAUGGCAGAAUAUAAAUGUGUCAUCAACUAUAAGAAGGCUUUGGUAUGCGUGUAUGAAACUGCGUGAAAUUUAAGAUAGCAGUAACAGUUGACUAACCUAACUAAUACACUGUAAAAACGAAUUGGUUGAAACUACCAAUAAAUUGGUUGUCUCAGGUUUUAUUUUGAGUCUCGGGUUUAUGACGACUGAGCGAUGCGCUUGCGCUAUCUGUUGUAGAAAUGCGUUUAUGCGUAUGCGCAACAAUGCGCAUGUGUGUUGUAUAAACCACUGACUUGAAUAAUAUAUAGAUCAGUGGUAGGUUAUUAACAUGCACUGAUACAACGCUUACGUUGUUAGUCUUUUUAAAAUUAUUUUCUUAGCCUUAGGGAAAAUCUCGCAAAAUAUUUAUCUUUAAAAAUCUUAUCGUUGUUCUUCAAGUUGUUUUUUUUUCACAAAACGUGCAGUUUCACUAGCCCUCAUCCAUUUGGUCUAUAUCGAUCCAAAUUGCUUUGCAUUUGAAUUAAGAGUACCAAAAAAUGUUAAAGACGAGGCUUCGUGCGAAGUUGACCAAAGUUGCACUAUUUCGAUGCCUAUGGCGAAUUUGGCAAGAACGGCAUCGACGUGCUGUUAUUCUUCUUAACAACUAGACUAGAGCCUGUUUAUAGACCAACUAUAUGGUAAUAUUGGCUAUAUUUUUUCAGAGAGAAUAAACUACGUCAUGCUUUUUCCCUUCAAAAUUGUGUAGUUUAUUUGAAAGUUAUGAAAAAAUUUUUAUUUGAACUUACGCUUGUUGUAAAUAGUAAAUUAUCGUCAAGUUUUUAACGAAAGACAAUGAGAGUAUGUAACAUUUAUCACUUUAAUUAGUGACGUCCCACUUCACCGUAUUCCAGGGCGUCACUUGUGGCAUUUCAUCCCACGGCUCAUUUUAAAUGUAAUUGACAGGUGUUUAUACCACGCAGACAAAUGUCUUCGACUUUGUGUGUACGAAAAUGUUUCUGCUAAAUAAAAUUACGUUAAUUACCAAGAGCUGGUAAUGCUUGUGGGGCCUAAUUAUCUAGUUACAUUCAUUAUAUCAGGAUAUUUUACGAACAAUUUUCCACGCGCGGGUUCUAUGUCUAGUAACUGAUUGAUAUCUGAUGAUAAUGCCUCGGUUAGAAAAACAAUUUAACACCUGUUCUUGAAAAUGAAACAAUUCAAAGAAUGUAGAAAAGAGAGUCCUCUGCAGAAAGCUAAAAUAAGUAAAAAAAACAACUGGAUGGCAUGGAGAACAGUGAACAGAGAGAACAAUGGAACAUUUCAAUCACUUGAUCUGCUGUUAAGGCAGGUUUACACUUAUAACAGUUUCUGUGAUUACUGUAGGAAUUUUGCACAGUUAACUUUUAAGUUUGAAUUGAAGGAUUUGUAAGAAAUGUUCGAGAGAAUUAAGUUUGAAUUGAAGGAUUUGUAAGAAAUGUUCGAGAGAACUAACGCCUCAAAAAUUUCUUACAAAUCCUUCGAAACUUAGAAUUUACCUAUGCAAAAUUCCUACUGUGAUCACAGAAACUUUGAUAGUAUACACUAGCCCUAUGCUAAGCCUAAAUGUUAUGUCGUGUUAUGCAUGCUUAUUAAACAAUGUAGCAAAUAUUUUUAUUUUAAAGAUUUUGAAGGCACACAAAAUGAAUCGCCACGAAACAAAAGAUUCCCCAGGAGAGGUCUAUUCCAAUGGUCAUGCCACGAUGCUGGAAGGUCGCGAGGAAAAUGAACAAUGGAGGGACCUGUCUUCCAACAGAAAGUACAAUAAUGAUUUUAAAGAUUAUGAAACGAUGUUGUUAAAUAAUUUGCCUGGAUCAAACAUGAGGACGAAUGAACCAAUGCAUGCAGUGUUGGAAAGCGAAUUGGAAGAUGAAACUGAACCAGGUAAGAAGGUACCUUUGGAGUGGGGGACAAAGCAAGCGUGGGGGGGGGGGAAGGGUUGGUGGUACUGUGUUAAUUGGAAGACAAUACUGGAACGAGUAAGGAGAUACCCUUGGGGAGAGGUGGCGCGAGGGCGGUAGUUUCGACACUCUCACAACCCCUAUCUUGCAACUAAACUAACUUUAUUUAUGCUAGAUGGCUCUAUGAUAUGAUUAUCUGGAGAAACCACAUGCGGUGUUUGAUAAAGUCUCAAACUGGAAGCAUUCUUCUCACAUGCGACUGCUCGAGGUGAAAUUAUGAUCGGACAAAUGCAUAUUACAGGAAUGGACCAUUUGCAUUAUGACUAAAUUUUUAUCUAAACAAGUCUAGACAAAAAUUUCAUCACAGCUUGAAAGAGCAUCACAAAAUUAGUAAUAUUCCAAAGUUUCGUUGCGAAAUGUUGUAAAAUGUGGAUAAUAUAGCCUUGCGAAGUUUGCCGUUUUUCAGUCAUUUUGUAUUACAAACGGGAAAUUGACAGCCCCAAAGAGUAUUGGGCUGUCAAUUUCACCCGCGUAAUGCAAAAUGACUGAAAAACGGCAAACUUCGCAAGGCUAUAGUAUCCGCAUUUUACAACAUUUCGCAACGAAACUUUGGAAUAUUACUAAAUUUUGUGAUGCUCUUUCAAGCUGUGAUGAAAUGUUUAUCUAGACUUGUUGAGAUAAAAAUUUAGUCUAUAAUGCAAAUGGUCCAUUGAAAUCCAGUCACCUUGCGCUCGAAAUUCCAUCCAUGAAAAUAUUUUACACGAAUUUCUUGGAGUACUCCAGUUUCGUCCUGUAGUAAGAUAUUUUAUAUCAAAGACCAAUAAGGAUGGUCUUUACGUAACCACUAUGUAGAACAAUCAAGUGUAUAGCUGUCCACCAUAAAUAAAUUUACUCUAGUUUAAUGGUUUUUGACGACAUAUAUAACAAAUAAAAUGACCAGUGGUUGUAACUUGCUCAAGGUACAAGAAAUACAAAUGUUAGCGAAAAGGUAACCACACUGUGCUAAUACGACGCAAAGCUUCCCUUGUUACAAAAAUUGUACUUAAUUUUCAGGGGUGUCGAAAAAACGGCGAACACCAGUGAAAGUGCGCAAUCACGCGUUACUUCAUUAUUUUGCGAAACUGGCGAGCUCGAAUGAUCCCAGUGAUACGAUGGACUAUGAUUUUGUCGAGUCACUAUUGAAGAACGGUGCGUCAAUAAACACGGCUGAUAAACAUGGUCAGACCGUGUUUCAUGAAGUAGCAAGAUCCUGGCAUACAGAUGUCGCCAAGUUUCUCAUUGAUCAUGGUAAGGCAGUUUAUUUACUUGGCAAGUUGCGUAUAACGUCCUACAGGAUUUGAUCAAACUUCAUCCAGUCCUAGGACUUGAUCAAACUUCAUCCAGUCCUAUGUCUUGAUCAAACUUCAUCCAGUCCUCAUAGGACUUGAUCAAACUUCAUCCAGUCCUAAGACUUGAUCAAAACUUCAUGCAGUCCUAGUAGGACUUGACCAGACUUCAUCCAAUCCUCAUAGGACUUGAUCAAACUUCAUUCAGUGCUAGGACUUAAUCAAACUUCAUCCAGUCCUAGGACUUAAUCAAUCUUCAUCCAGUCCUAGGACUUGAUCAAACUUCAUCCAGUCCUAGGACUUGAUCAAACUUCAUCCAGUCCUAGGACUUAAUCAAACUUCAUCCAGUCCUAGGACUUGAUCAAACUUCAUCCAGUCCUAGGACUUAAUCAAACUUCAUCCAGUCCUAGGACUUAAUCAAACUUCAUCCAGUCCUAGGGCUUGAUCAAACUUCAUCCAGUCCUAGGACUUGAUCAAAACAUCAUCCAAUCCCAGGACUUGAUCAGAACUUCAUCCAGUCCUAGGACUUGAUAAUAACUCAAAUGAUGACCAACAUUAAUCUCAAUAUUAAUUCCAAUGUUCUAAAGGUGCAGACGUGAACCAGUCGGAUAAAUUUGGUCGUUCUCCCCUCCACGUUGCUGCAGCCGUUAACUACUCUGAGAUGGUAGAAUUCCUGAUUCAAAAUGGCUGCGAUCACACGGUGACGACUAAAGGAGAAAAUCAAUGUCCUCUUCAUUACGCUGCCAAGAAUGACGCAAUUAAUUCAAUUAGAAUGCUAUUAGCAUACGGCGCGGAUAUUAAUGCGAGAGACCACAAAAACAGAACACCUUUACAGGUAAGAUAGAUAAAAUAGCAAGACUUUGUAUAAUCCUCAUAACACAUGAUUAAACGUUUCGUUCAACAAGACAACAUACUGUAUUUUCAUCCAGAGUACAGGCCCAUCGCAGUUUACUGUAGAAUACUACCUACACUGGACCUCCACGUCCGAAGUAUUUUUCAGAUAAUUCAGACGCAAAUCACGGCAGUUUAUUGUAGAAUACUACUUACAAUGAACCUCCACUUUGGGAUAUUUGUUUUGCGUGGUUCAGACACAAACCAUAGCGGUUUGUUGUAGAACACUACCUACACUGGACCCCCCUGUUUGAGAUCUCUUUUUCGGGUAGUUCAGGCAAAAAUAACGGAAGCUUAUUGUAGAAUACUACCUACACUGGACCACCACGUCUGAGAUAUCUUUUUCAGGUAGUUCAGACACAAACCACGGCAGUUCAUUAUAGAAUACUACCUACAAUGGACCACCACGUUUGAGAUAUCUUUUGUGACGCCCCUCAUGAAAAUCGACACCUGUUGAUGAGCCUAGCGUCUUCAAAUAAAUUUUACAUACAUACAUACAAUUGAGAUAUCGUUUUCAGAUCAUUCAGACACAAACGACGGCAGACUUUAUUAGAGUGUCAAUUAACAUUGAGGUUCUGUCACCGUCUUUUUUUUGUUUCUUAAAGGUCGCAGCAGAGUUGAACAGAUCGAAAUCGGUCAAAGUUUUAAUGGAAGAAGGUGCGCCGGCUGCUGUCCAUGAUAACGAAGGCACGUCUGCAAUUUCGAUGGUGAUUCAAAAAAUGCCGUUAAUUGCGGCAGAAGCGCUUGAGCAACUACACGUUAAGGACAGAACGAACCGUAAACAAUACUUCUACCUCAGCUGUCUGAACGGACUCAAUGAUGAAAACCUGCCUAACAACCCGCUCACAUCUUACACCCGAACACCCUUAGAAGUCGCCGUCCACCACAAGCAGUUCGAACUGAUCAUGCACCCUGUAUUUCAAAGACUCAUUAAUGUCAAAUGGCAAAAGUUUGGGAAAAUCGGUGCGUGGUUGGAUCUUGUCUUAAACACGAUCUAUGCAAUCCUGUGGACUAUCCUAGGGGUGACCUUACCCCCGCACCCAGAUCAGAGGUACACCCCCUUGUCUAAGGUGUGGUGGCGAGUCACAUUGGAGAUAUGUAUAUUUGUAUUAACUGUUUACGAGACUCGGAACUUGCUAUCUCACACAUGGAGGAGCCGACACGACCAUAAAAAAUGGGUAGCUUGGAGAACACGUGAACUCGAGAAAGAUUUGUGUUAUUGCCAUCCACAAUGGCCCGAGGAAAGACGAUAUUUGAAACAAGAGAUCAAAUCUCUUGACGAACACACGCCAUUGAUUUUCCACGAUUCUUGGAAUUACCUGGAGUGGAUCACGUGUGCUAUGUUAGCGGCUACAGUCGCAUCGCACAUGAUCGACUACUUCGCGCAUACUAACAUCACGUUUUUGGUACAUAUCCGUAUUACCGCUGCCCUGCUUAUCGUCCUGUGGUUGCGGAUCAUGAAAUACGCAAGACCUUUUAAAACAACUGGACCGUUCGUCGUCAUGCUUGUUCACAUGAUCUGGGACAUCUUAAAGUGGCUCUUCCUCUUUCUAGUCUUCUAUAUUCCAUAUUCCGCGGCGUUCUGGAUGAUUUUCGGGGCCAUCUCGCCGAUCCCCGUACGAGGAUAUACGAAUGUUUCCGACCUUUUUUACCAACUAUUUCGAAUGACUGUUGUCGACGAAUAUAACUUCGAAGGCCUUCAAGCGGCCGAUUCCGUGAUGGCCCGAUUCCUUUGCGCCACGUACAUAACUUUCUCUCAUGUUAUCAUACUCAAUCUGUUAAUAGCAUUGCUUUCCGACACGUUUUACCGAGUCUACGAAAACGCCCGAGCGAAUGCCGUCAUGCAACGAGCAUACACGAUCCUGACACUCGAACGAAACCUCUCGAAGAAAAUGCGUCGGAAAACGUUCGACUACAUUCAUACGAACUGCAGUCCCGAGGUAAAUAUUGUACAAAAUAUCCAACGACGUUGCUAUAGGUCCGGCUGUUUUGUCUGCAAUUGUCCUCAAGUAACCUUGAUAAUCCUUACACCCAAAACCCCUAAUCUUAAUGAUUCCUACAUUUAUUCCUAAAUAUCCCCAGAAAUUGCUGGAGCUCUAGCUCAAACCGGGCUGAAUUCGCUGCCAUGUAAUCGCAUCAUGUACACACGUAAAAACGCACAAGUUGUAACAAACCUGUAGCAGACUUGUGGCAAUGCUGUUCCAACAACUCGUCAACAGGAUGUGUUCGCACUGCUUGUUCCCAGCUUGUUGACAAGUUUUCAACGGCUUGCUGACAACUUGCUACAAGGUUGUUGAGCUCAUCAGACUUGUUACAAGUUGUUCCAAUAACUUGCUAUCGUCCUGCAAUUCAACAAUUUGUCAACAAGUUGUGAGUGACAAUCUUGUAGCAACUUGAUCAAAUAACAGCGUUGUUGCAACUUGUUGACAAGCGUGGUACAAGCCUGUUGCGAACGCAUCUUGUUGACAAGUUGUGAGAUUUUUACGUGUGUAAAUGGAGUUUUAUCUUCCCUUGCUAUUCAGGUAUUACAUUACGAAGAUGACGUCAUAGACGAAGUGUCGCAAACGAGGAUCCUCCGUCAGAUUCUGGACGGUUUGAAUGAGAUGAAGAAAAUCCUGACCGAGCGACUGAGCAAGAAGAUUGGUAAAGGAAGUAAGUCAGAUUUAGAUGUUAUCAUUGGCAAUAUAGCAGAGGUUACGUCACUUCAAAACAAACACGAACAGACUUUAGCAACCAUUCAAACUGACCUGACUCUGCUGAGUAAUUUAAUGGACAAUUACAUAACAAAUGGUCGCAAACAAAAAACGUCGAAUGCGAAACGGAGUAAAAAAUCACGCAGCGGUAAGUCACCUUUACUCAAGUCUACACCAAGUACAAGUCACGCGCCUGUGACGUCACAUCCGCCUCUGACGUCACAUCCGCUUCUGACGUCACAUCCGGUCCCAAAGAAACCGGGAGUAUCGCGAUGGGCAAACGUGGCUAAGUUAUCCAGUCAGAUAAAAGCGAGAGCGUCGAGUUUUACCGCUGUAGGAAUGGGACGUGACACUCGAGAUAAACCAGCUACAGCCUCCUUAACUAACAUCCCGAGAGGUCCGAUUCUAAAUGGAAGUUCAAAAAACAAUCGCCAACUAAUGGGCCAUUCGUCUAAGUUUGCUCAAAAUACGUCCGACUCAGAUUAG